UAUUUAUUAUAUAUACAGUAUUCUGCCUGCAUGUGUUCCUGCAGGCCAGAAGAGGGCACCAGAUCUCAUUACAAGUGGUUGUGAGCCACCCUGUGGUUGCUGGGAAUUGAACUCAGGACCUCUGAAAGAACUGAGCCAUCUCUUCAGCCCUCUUCUAGCCUUCCUUUUACCAGUUGUCCAUCAAUGUGAGGUUAAGUGAAAGAUUUUGUUUAUGUACUGUCUCUUCCUUUGAAGCCUUGAAUAAACCUUUCCCACAAUGACUCCCCUUUUUGUAGACUGGAUAAUGUUUCAGAUUCAUCGAGUAGGGUUGUCAUGGCCUCCAUGAAUAAGAGAACAAGUGAUCAAUCUUAGUCCCCAGGGAUCUCAUUGACAUUAGAAUAGCCUCCAAGAAUGAUUAUGAAACACUCGGAAGAUCAGUUUUACACCAUUUUGGUACUUUUUACUACAGUAUACUAUUUCAAUAGCCAGACAUAACUCAAUAAACUUUUGUUUGACAUGUAUUUCAGCCAGUCCUUGAAAUAGUUGAUAUCUGAUCUUGUAAAGGUUAAUAUAAAUAUGGUCUCUAAAUCUCAUCCUUUAUAUAUAGCUUAAACAAUUUACUCAGACCUUCUAACUUGCAAAAGCUUUCCAGUCUUUUUAUUCUGGAGCCAUCCAGUCAUCAUCAUCUUCAUGUGUCUAAGUUCUUUACAAAGGCCAUUUCCAUAUUUACAUUCUUCUAACAUGUUCUUGUAUAUAGUGCUUCUUUUUUUAAAAACCAUGAGAUAGAGGAACAUUGACAAAUAUAUUUAUGAUCUGUUGUGAGAAUUUUCUCCUCUGUGGAUCUCAUUGACAUUAGAAUAGCCUCCAAGAAUGAUUAUGAAACACUCGGAAGAUCAGUUUUACACCAUUUUGGUACUUUUUACUACAGUAUACUAUUUCAAUAGCCAGACAUAACUCAAUAAACUUUUGUACAUCCCAGUGACAAUGCAAAGUACAAUUUGACCAAGUCCACCCUGGGGAACCAGUGAGUUUACUGAGCUUCCUUACUGAACGUGGUGGAGGAGAUUCUUACAGGACUUUGGAUACUGUGGUGGUUUGAAUGAAAAUGUCCCUCAUAGUCCCAUAGGGAGUGGCUCUCUUAGGAGCUGUGGCGUGGUUGGAGGAACUGUGUCACAGUCAUUUUCUGCUGCCUGCUGAUGCAGAACUCUCAGCUCUUUCUCCAGCACCGUGGUCUGUCUGCACACCACCAUGCUUCCCACCAUGACAAUAAUGGACUAAAUCCUCUGAAAGUGUAAGCCAGCCCCAAUGAAAUGUUUUUCUUUAUAAGUUGCCAUAGUCAUGGUGUCUCUUUACAGCAAUAGAAACUCUAAUUAGGAGAAAAACCCAAAAGGAGCCACACAGGAAUAUCUCCACCCAGAAUAUACAAUGGCUCUCCCAUAGCUGCAGAUGUGGAGCUCACCUUCUCUCGACUCUUCCACUGCCCAUGUACUCUAGCAUUGUAUUACAUUUCUCGGUAUACAUAGGAGGUAAACGUGAUAGCACUUAAGGUAAAUUCCCACUUUCAAGAUGGCUUUCAUAGGUGCAAAUGCAGAAUCCACCUCCUUCCAAGUCUUUUCCAGGCUAUGUACUCUAGCUCCUCCCCUAAAACCACAAAGACACAUGUCAUUAGGGCUGAAUUGCCUUCAUUUGCCUGGGAAAGAGUCUGGAUACUCAGAAGGAGGGGAUACCUUCUUUCAUGAUGGAAUAGCAGUCAGCCAACCUGGUGGUGGUCACCCUUUGUGAACAAGCAUAUCAUUUGUGAUCAUAGGAAGGUGCCAAUUGUUUGUCUUAAGAUAGUGCUGAGCAACAAGAAUUGAAUAUAAGAAAGCUGAACAAAAACUGUAUAAUUACUAUUUCCUAGGUACAAUCUGUUAAACUAAAUGUUCGAGAAAACACAAGACAGUUUUCAUAUAAUACAUGGCAUCACUACUAUAACCAUGUUUUUGGUUUUUAAUGAAUGUAUGUAGGUGAUACAAAGAAACAGCAAAUAUAUAACAAAACCUUAUUGAAUUGAUGUUUAUAGCAUCCAGUACAAUACAACUAAGAAAUCUCUCUUAAAACUAUGAUGCUCUAGCUUACUAUAAAGAGAUCUUUGUGCAGAGGGUCUCUCUCUUUCCUCUCCAUGGAUGAGCAUCUUAUUAGCUGUUUUUACCACAGGCAUGUGACCAAUAACGGUUUACCUAAAAGGUGAACAAACAUUUACAUGCUAACAUCCUAAUCUCUAACAGGUCUGGUUAACAUACUACUUAUCUUUGGGAUAUUUUAGAGGCAGCCCUCCCUUAGCUAAUUCUACUUUGUGUGACUUACUACCUCCUAAGCACUGGCAAAUACUUUAUAUUACCAAUUCUACUCUUCUACAUCACAGCUCAGUAGUGGAGUUAGCUACCCAGUACACGAGAUACCAUUUAUAACCUCCACAAAAUUAACUCCAAAUAGAUCUUACACCUAAAUGUCAAAUGGGAAGUGCAAAACUUCUAGAAGAUACUUGAAAAACUAGGCCUUUCCAAGUUUGGCAACCUUCCUAGGCCUUGGGAGGUUUCUCUAAGGUCAGGAUGUUUAGAGGGUAAACAGAAUUCCUUCACUAAAACCAGGAAUAUGCUUGGGAGAGCUGGUAGAGUUCUGGGGCCAGGGCUUUUGGGAAGGGGUUGCUUCGGAUCUUGAGAACCCAACUCCCCACAAAUGGCACUGUGGUUUUCAGUCCCAUCACCACUGUGGCCUUUGUUUAUAAUGUUGUUGAGAUGCCCUGUGUUCCUUUUGAGCAACAUUGUCUGAUUAGCCUCCUUCUGAAUUUGUAUACUUUUUAAAACUGAACCCAUUGGUUUACAUUAACAAGAAACUUGCUGGUGAAUUUGGUUCAGUCUGUGCUUGUGAUGGAAGCCAGGGCUGGGAACCACCAUGCUGUGUCCCUUCAGCUCACCAGAUCCUGUCACUCAGGCCUCACUAGCAUAUCAGAGCCUCCAGCGGACCGCCAGUUGGAUGGGAGGGUGCUUCCGGGCACCAGGCUUCUGGCUCAGCUCCUCUGCAGGGGAAGUCGGAAACUGGCUGCUGUGCUGCAUUCUGGGCUCCGCUGUGGGAACAGCGUGGGUGAGCUCAGCAGCCACGACAUGAAUGAAGUGACCUAUGAUGAUGUGCAUGUCAACUUCACUUGGGAAGAGUGGGCUUUGCUGGAUCCUUCCCAGAAGAGUCUCUACAAAGAUGUGAUGCUGGAGAUCUAUAGGAACCUCACAGAUAUAGGCUACAGUUGUGAAGACCAUAAUAUUGAAGAAGAUUGUGGAAGUUCUAGAAUACAUGGAAGGUAUGAAAGAAGUCAUACUGAGAAGAAACUUUCUGAAUAUACUCAUUGUGUUAAAGCCUUUGCAUAUCACGAUCAUCUUCAAAGACAAGAAAGAAUUCCUACUAGAGAUGAUCCCUAUGGUUGUAUUCAAUAUACUGAAGCCUCUGUAUUUCACAGUAAUCUCAGAAUACAUAAAAAAACUCAUAUUGGGGAGAAACCAUCCAAAUAUAAUGAGUGUGGUAAAGACUUUGAAUGUUACAGUCAUCUUCAAAUACAUAAAAGAACACAUACUGGAGAGAAACCUUAUGGAUGUAAUCAAUGUGGUAAAACAUUUGCAUAUCAUAGUCAUCUUCAAAUACAUAAAAGAACACAUACAGGAGAGAAACCCUACAAAUGUAAUGAAUGUGAUAAAGCAUUUUCACAACAUAGUAGUCUACAAAUACAUAAGAGAACACAUACCGGAGAGAAACCCUACAGAUGUAAUCAAUGUGAUAAAGCCUUUUCACAACACCUUAUUCUCCAAAUACAUAAAAGAAUGCAUACUGGAGAGAAACCCUAUAAAUGUAAUGAAUGUGGUAAAGCCUUUUCACAAUACAGUCAUCUACAAACACAUAAGAGAACACAUACUGGAGAGAAACCUUACAAAUGUAAUCAAUGUGAUAAAGCCUUUUCACAACACAUUAUUCUCCAAAUACAUAAAAGAACACAUACAGGAGAGAGACCCUAUGAAUGUAAGCAGUGUGGUAAAGCCUUUUCACAACACAGUAAUCUCCGAACACAUAAAAGAACACAUACUGGAGAGAAACCCUAUGAAUGCAAUGAAUGUGGAAAAGCCUUUGCACAUCACACGCAUCUUCAAAUACAUAAAAUGACACAUACUGGAGAGAAACCCUAUAAAUGUUAUCAAUGUGAUAAAACCUUUUCACAGCACAGUAAUCUCCGAAUACAUGAAAGAAUACAUACUGGAGAGAAACCCUAUGAAUGUAAUCAAUGUUCUAAAGCCUUUGCAUGUCAUAGUGGUCUCCGAAUACAUAAAAGAACACAUACUGGAGAGAAACCUUAUGAAUGUAAUCAAUGUGGUAAAGCCUUCACACGUGACUGCAAUCUUCAAAUACAUAAAAGAACGCAUACUGGUGAGAAACCCUAUGAGUGAAGUCAAUGUGGUAAAGCCUUUAGAUGUCACAACCAUCUUCAGAUAUAUAAAAGAUCACAUACUGGAGAGAAGCUCUAUGAAUGUAAUUAAUGUGGUAAAGCCUUUGAAAGUCACACUUUUCUUUGAAACUCACAGUCAUCUUCAAAUAUAUAAAAGAAUGCACACUGGAGAGAAACCCUAUGAACGUAAUCAAUGUGUUAAAGCCUUUGAAAGUCACACUUAUCUUCAAAUAUGUAAAGAAACACAUACUGGAGAGAAACCCUACCAAUGUAAUGAGUGCAAUAAAAUAAAGCCUUUGCACAUCACUGUAAUCUUCAAAUACAAAAAUGAACACAUUGGAGAGAAACUCUACAAAUAUAAUCAAUGUGAUAAAGCCUU